GCAUAUAUAAAAAUAAAUUCUCCAUUUCUAUGUGUGUGUGUGUGCGUGUCGGUGUUUUCAGUGACGUCGAACCGUGUUAAAGUGACGAAUAAACAACUAAACUGAAAGACGACGUAGACAACGACGGCGAGGAGGAGGGAAUCAUUUUCGAGAAGAAGAAUACAAAAACAGAUUGUAAAUACAAAUUCUUUUCACACAUAUGCACAGACUGACAGAGAGAGAGACAGUUAGACAGACACCAGAACCAGUCGCAGUCGCAGACAUUCAGGCUCUGGGGCAACAAAUUUGUUUACAUCACUUUACUCAUCCCACCUACGCUGCAGCAGCUACACCCCCACCCACCACUCCCACCCAUCCAUCCAUCUAUCCAUUCAUCCAGCCAGCCAGCCAACCAACGGACAUCGUUAUUCCUACGUACUUGUACAAUUGGAUGAUCUUCAACAUGCGGUCGAUUAUGCAUGGACAUUUACCAACACUGGCCAAAAGCAUAUGCGCCGGCAAGCGCAUAAAGUAA